AUGGCGACAGACCGGCUGUCGUCUCGCCGGGGAGAGGGAGAGGCCGCAGAUGGCCGCAAGAGGGAAGCAGCAGCAGCAGCAGCAGCAGCAGCAGGAGCAGCAGCAGGGUCGGGAAGCCGCCAGCGCCGCCGCAGCAGCCGCAGCAGCAGCCGCAGCAGCAGCCGCAGCAAGGCCCCGCGCAGCAGCAGAAUGGUAAAGAGCGAGUACGACGAGCGCCAUUCUGCUGCUGCAGCAGAAUCAGCAGCAGCAGCAGCAGCAGCAGCAGCAGCAGCAGCAAGGAGGGGCGAAGGCGCAGACCAGGGCCGCUCAAAAGACAGAGAAAAAAACACAAGUGCAGACUUUUACAGAAAUAAAGAAAAAGAAAAAGAAAAAGAAAAAGAAAAAGAAAAAGAAAGAAGAGACUUUGACAGAUAUGGAGAAAGAGGAGACAGAGAAAGAAGAGAAAGAUUUGAAAAAGAAAAAGAAAGAAAAGAAAAAGAAAAAGAAAAAGAAAGAAGAGAAAGAAGAGAAAGAUAUGAAGAGAGGGGAGAAAGAGACAGAGACAGAGACAGAGACAGAAGCUAUCGAGAGCGAGAGCAGCAGCAGCAGCAGCGGCAGCAGCAGCAGCAGCAGCAGCAGCAGCAGCAGGGGGAAGCAGCAGCCCGCGGAAGCAGGAGAGAGCGCGAAGGCGAUUUCGAUUUGAGAAGAAGAAGUUUGCAUGCAAAUGAGGAUUUAAAUAAAAAUAGAAAUAGUUAUUUUAGCAGACAUGCAAACGAAAGAAGCAGCAGCAGCAGCAGCAGCAGCAGCAGCAGCAGCAGCAGCAGCAGGCUGGGGGGCCCCUCGCGCAUGGACGUGGACAGCAGGGAGGCCCACAGGGAGGCAGAAAGAGAAAGAUAUAAAGACAGAAAUAAAUAUAAAAAUAAAGAAUUAAAUAAAGAAACAAAUAAAGAAAUAAAUAAAGAAAGAAAUAAAGAAAUAAAUGAAUUCAGAAAUUCAGAAAAAGAAAGACAAAGGGAGAGAGACAGAGAAAGAGGAGGAACGGAGGGCAGCAGCAGCAGCAGCAGCAGCAGCAGCAGCAGCAGCGGGAACGCGAGGGGCGCGUCGAGGAAAAGAGAGAGAGACGAAGCAGCAGGAGCAGCAGCAGCAGCAGCAGCUGCUGCUGCUGCUGCUGUCAAAGUGAAGAGGGAGUUGGGCGAGACGGGGGCCCACCGCCGCCGCAGCAGCAGCAGCGACAGCAGCAGCAGCGACAGCAGCGGCAGCGACAGCAGCGGCAGCAGCAGCGGCAGCAGCAGCAGCAGCAGCAGCAGCAGCCGCAGCAGCAGCGUGAGGCGCAGCAGGGGCCGCCCUGCUGCGCAGCACAACCAGGGGGCGAGAAGGGCCUUUCAGAGGGCAAUAAAAGCAGCAAGAGAAUCCCCCCCCAGGAGAGCAGCAGCAGCAGCAGCAGCAGCAGCAGCAGCAGCAGCAGGGGGUCGAGAAGCAAGGUGGCGAGGGGAGCGCCGCGGCAGCCGCAGCAGCCGCAGCAGCAGCAGCAGCAGCAGCAGGGGGCGGCUGCGGGGCCCUGGAAGGGGAGGAAGCAGCAGCGACAGCAGCGCAGCAGCGGGCCGCGGCAGAAGCAGCAGGAAGCCUGCUGCUGCUGCAGCAGCAGCAGCAGCAGCAGCAGACGGGGCUCCUGCUGCUGUGGACAAAGACGUGGCGGAAUAUGCUGCGCGGAAAAUAAGAAAAGUGACGGCAGAAGACAUCGGAAGAGCUGGUGAGCCGCAGCAGCAGCAGCAGCAGCCGCAGCAGCAGCAGCAGCAGCAGCAGCAGCAGCAGCUGCUGCUGCUGCUGCUGCUGCUGAGGUGUACGUACACCGCAGGAGCGUGCGCGGCGGGGCGCUGCGUGCGCAGCCGCGGGGUGUACGUACCGCCCUUCAAGCUCGCGCGGCUGCAGCAGCAAACCAGCGACAGCAAAAGCCACGCCUACCAGCGCCAAAUGUGGGAAGCUCUCCGCAAAAGCAUCAACGGACUCGUCAACAAGGCCAACGUUUCCAACUUGACGCAGCUCGUCCAGGAGCUGUUUCGGGAGAACUUGGUGCGGGGGCGGGGCCUGUUUUGCCGGGCGCUGAUUCGCUCGCAGCUGGCGAGCCCUGGCUUCACUGGGGUGUAUGCGUCUUUGUUGUGCAUUGUCAACAGCAAGUUGCCAGACAUCGGAGAACUUGUUUUAAAAAGACUUAUUUUGCAAUUCAGGCGCGCGUACCGGCGAAACGACAAAGUAGUGUGUUUGGCCUGCGUGGAGUUUUUCGCUCAUUUGGUGAAUCAGCGAAUAGCCCACGAGCUGCUGGCGCUGCAGCUCUGCGAGUUGCUGCUGCAGCAGCCCACCAACGACUCCGUCGAAGUCUGCAUCGGCUUCCUCAAGGCAGUGGGCCAGGUGCUGGAGGACGUUUGCAGGGGCGGCUUCGAUGCUGCUUUUGAGCGACUGCGGGCCAUUUUGCAAGAAGGAGAAAUUGACAAAAAAACUCAAUACUCAAUUGAGGCUCUUUGGGACAUCCGCAGAAAAGGAUUCAAAGACUUCCCAGGGGUGGUGGAAGAACUGGACCUGGUGGAGGCGGAAGACAAAAUAACUCACGAAGUGGACCUUCUGGACUCUUCAAUUCGGGGAGAAGAAAUGCUAAACAUUUUCAAACCCCAGGACCCCGAAGAGUAUGAGGCGGAUGAGAAGAAGUGGGCGGCGCUUUCUAGAGAAAUCCUCGGAGAGGAAUCCACAGACGCCGAUGCUUCUUCUGAAGACUCGGAGGCAGAGUCUUCCAGCGAAGAGGAAACAGAAGAAACUGCAGAGGACUUGGAGAUGGAAGUUGCGGUGAUGCUGAUUGACUGCUGCUCCAUGGAAAGAACUUUCCAGCGCUUCUUCGCGCUGCAGGCCGAAAGGCUCGCCAAACUCAAAACGGCUUAUUGCGAAUGCUUCCAGGAGGCCUUCAAGAGGCAAUACGCCCUCGCCCAUCGACUCGAAACGGCGAAGCUGCGAAAUACUGCCAAGUUCUUUGCCCACCUUCUGAUGUCCGGUGAGCAGCAGCAGCAGCAGCAGCAGCAGCAGCAAGUGCAGCAGCAGCAGCAGCAAGUGCAGCAGCAGCAGCAGCAAGUGCAGCAGCAGCAAGUGCAGCAGUUCUAG